UGAUUAUGGAAAAUCAUUUGUCAUAACUCAUAAGAGGUUUAGCUUUUCAAAUAAUAUGUUACGGAGUAAUUUUUUUAAUUUUUUUUUUAUUAUUAGUGAGUGUAUUGUCCUCCUCUAUUACGAUCAAUGUUAAAAGCACUUGAGUUAGGCUUUUUACACCAAUACAGAAACAAAAUUUUGAUAUCUUCAAUUCCACAAAUAAACAUAUUUUGGAACUUUCUAAAUUUAAAUAAACGAUAAUUAUAGAAAACAAACAUAUUAAAUUGUACUUUUUACAUUAAACUUUGAGAUCAACAAGGAGUUUCUCCCUUGUCAACUCAUCCUUGUAAGAAAAAAUUACACAAAACAAUCAAUAAAAAUCAAGAUGUAGGUCAAGAGUAAAAGACUAAAAAGAGAUAAAAACACAAACAAAAGCCAAAAAUAGUGGAAAAAGACAAGCUUCAAAACCCCUCAAAUAAAACACUCUCACCCUUAUUACUUAAUUCUUCAGGGCCCCUCCUCUCUCUCUCUCUCUCUCUCUCUCUCUCUCUCUACAUUUUAUUACUACAAGAGUUCAAAGCAAUGGAUACCCUCAAAUUCAAUUUCAUUGCUAACAUAAAAGGCAAUUCCCAAACUCUCAAAAACACACCCAAAAAUGACUACUUUAGAAACAGAGCAAGAACAACAACAAACCCUUUCAAAAAACAAUAAUCUUCUUUUUCUUGAUUGUUUGUAUUGUGAAGAAAAAUGUUGGGGUAAUGAUGAUGAUGAUGAUGAUGAUGAAGAGUUUGAUGAUCAUGAUGAUAAUCGUGAAAUUGGGUUGGCAAUUUCAUCACCAUUACAUGAUUCUUCUUCUUCUUCUUCUUCUUCUUUAGUUUGGUGUGAAGAUGAUGAAGAACAACUAAAUGCUCUGUUUUCUAAAGAAGGAAAUACUCUUCUUAAUGAGGGUGAUUUGGGUGUUAAUAAGUUAUUAUUGGAAGCUAGGAGAGAGGCUUUAGAAUGGAUGAUUAAGGUUAAUUAUCACCAUAAUUUCUCUGCAAUUACUCUGGUUUUGGGUGUUAAUUACUUUGAUAAGUUUAUGUUGAGUUUUGGGUAUCAAAAGGAAAUGCCAUGGAUGACACAUCUUGCUGCUGUUGCUUGUCUUUCUUUGGCUUCCAAGAUGGAAGAAAUCUAUGUUCCUCUUCUCUUAGAUUUCCAAGUAGAGCAUGAACAGAUAUUUGAAGCAAAGGUGGUUCAGAGAAUGGAGCUGUUAGUGCUUUCAACACUCGAUUGGAAAAUGAAUGCUGUGACCCCACUUUCCUACUUUGGACAUUUAAUAAGGAAGCUCAACUUAAAAUCCCAUCUUCAUUGGAAUAUUUUAACCAGAUGUGAAAACCUUAUUGUCUCUGCCAUUCUUGAUCCCAGGUUUACGUGCUAUGUUCCGUCUGUUUUAGCAGCAGCAAGUAUGGUGCAAACCUUGAAAGAGAUUGGACUAUGGAGUAUACUAGAAAACCAAUAUGAUAUCAUGGGUACCUUGAAACUUGACAAGGUUAAGGUAAAAGAGUGCUACAAUUUCAUCCAAGAAUUAUCAAGCAAAGCAAACAAACAAAAUCAGAAUAAUUUAUCAGCAAAAAGAAGUCCAUCAAAUAAUGUGUGUGAUGUAAUUUGUAAUGACAGUUCUAGUAACAAGGAUUCACCAACAAUAUCUUUGAUGCAACCAUCUGAACCAAAGAAAUGUAGGACAAUGGGUCCCCUUUGUUUUGGGUAGUUUUGCACAUGUCCAACUACCAAACUCCACUUUCCUUGAAACUUCCAUUUGUUGGACUACCUUCUUAGAGACUUGGAACUUUAUCCCUACUUCAAAAUUUUGUAUCACCUUUACCUAGCAUUGAUGUUUUUAACCAUGCAUAUGUUUGUUGGACAAUUCUCUACAAAAAAUCCUUUCUACUACGAUUACAAGAAGUUGAUACUACUUGCUUACUUGAUAUCCUACUAUAAAAGUAUCAAUACGACGGAUUGUACCAAUCGAGCUGUCACUCAAAGCCGAGACAGGGCAUGUUCGAUAUAUUAGUCAGUUUCAGUUUUUGGUUUUAAGAUUUUCAAAGUUGUUUGAUAAACCAAAAGGUAGUCCUUUAUGUACUCAUCAUAUCACCAAUAUAGCUAUAAGAUAGAUUCUAAAUCAGUUUG